GAACCAGAGAGUGAAUCUAGCAGUCUACACCGUCUGCAAGUUCCACGAAGAUGGUGAGGGCUUUGUGAACACGGGAGAUGAGGUUGGCAUGUUUCAGAGGUUUACUACGGCUGUGGAGAAGGAGUAUCUGCCAGUUCCUUUCCACAGCUUUGCCCACGCUGUGGAUGUUCUUCAUGCGGUGUCUCGAGUUCUCCGAAGCAUCGCUUCUGGCAGCUUCCUUUCAGAGCUGGAAGAGUUUUCACUUCUCAUCUCUGCCAUUGGCCACGAUAUUGGCCAUCCGGGCGUCAAUAACGGUUUCCUCUCCGAAGUGGGACACGAGUUGGCAAUGCAGUACAACGACCGUUCUCCCUUGGAGAACAUGCAUUGUGCAAAGCUGUACACGAUCACCAGCAAGCAGGAGACAAAUGUUUUCUACCACCUCUCCAAGGACCAGUACAAAGAGGUCCGGAAAAACUGCAUCGAAAGCAUCCUCCAUACCGACAUGAUGGCUCACCAGGCGAUGGUGAAGGACCUUCAAAUGCUCUUCCAGAUGAACACUGAGGUGUUUACGGCGGAGCCAGAGAGUGAUGACAAAGGUCAGAUGAUGAUAAGCCCAGCAGAGAUCGAGAUCUUCUCGGAUAACGACACGAAGACCAAGGUGUUGAACUGCGUGCUGCACUCGGCGGAUGUUUCCAAUCCCUGCCGGGGUUGGGAAGUCACUCACGCCUGGGCAAUGGUCUGCCUGGAAGAAUUCUUCGCCCAGGGAGAUCAGGAGAAGGUCCUCGGUAUCCCUGCUGGGGCCCUGGGUGCAGCUGUGAACUUCCCAUGA